GCUGAGAUGUGAAGAGCCCCUGAAGCUGGUUUGGUCACUGCUUAGGACACUUUCUCUUGUUCUGUUCUGUAGAUUCUUUGUUUGGUUUGGUUUGGUUCUAACUGGUUAGACCCCGGUUUAUUAAAUAAUGUUUAUUGAUUUUCUCUUGCUCUGUUGGGAUUAAUUAAGCCGUUAUAUGUUGACUCGGAUCCUAAUCAAAGUUCAAUACUCAAAACGUUCAAAGAUAUAUUUACAUCGAAAUGAUGUUUAUUAAUACAAAACGUUUCCUACAAAACAAAGAAAUAAAAUGUAGUUGUUUUUUUAAGAAAAAUUAACAAGAAAUGUUAUUAUAUUGAUAAUCUCUAAUAAAAUAUUGCAUUAUAUGUUCUUUUUUUUAGAAACAUCCUUGCAAUUAGUUUUGUAACGUUUGAUUUUCAGAGUUAUUGGCAUGUCAACACUUCGUGGCAAGUAAACAUGAAUAAGCCAACUUUCUUAAUCAACCCGAUUUGUUUGUUUAUAAACGGCACGGCAUGCAUGCGUUACAGAACUUUAUUUAUGCCUGAAACGAUCAGGUUAAGAGUAUCUUAAUUCUUAACCCAAUCACAAUCCAUGCGUUUUUUUGUUUAUUGUAACAAUAAAUUAUUGUGCCUGCAUUUAAAUAGUAACGUGCAUGCAUUUGUAUAUGCCUAAUUAUUUUUAAUUAUGAUUAACUUUAUUAUUGAUUGUACGAAAGUGAUACUAAAUGAAACAUUUAAACGUGAAUGCAAGCGAAAAUAAAUGAUAUUUCACGUGAUUUGUUUUUAUCUUUGCAUUAGUUUUCACUUAGUUAUAAAAUUGCAUUGCUUUUAUAGUCAUCGAGUUAACGGUAAAUGCUCUAUUUGAAACAUCAAUAGAGACCUUAAUAACUUAAGCACUAAUGCAUUAUAACAGUAUUUUUUUAACUUUGAAAAGUGCAAGAAAUCUCAUAUCAUUAAUGUCGAUUUUACUUGAUAUACAUUAUUUACAGCGGCAAUAUUGUACUGAUAAACUUCUUAUUGAAUUACAAUUACAAGCAAAAGAAAUUGUCGGUUACGGUUAAUUAAUUAUAUAAAUAUAUAUUUAUUUAGACAGCCCAUGUUCAUAAUUUCUUUAAUAAUAAAAGACUGUUGGCAUGUCACACAUUGUUGUGUAUUAUUAAGCAAAUAACCAGUGACAUAAUUUUCAUGAUUAUUAGAUAAUAAUACUUACUAAUUAGUUACUAUUAUAUCUAAGGAUGCCAUGUUUAACACAUCUUUUGUCAACUCUCUAUAUAUUUUAAUUUUUUUGGUAAAAUCAACUCUAUAUUUAUUUAUAAGAUAGUCUCCUCUCCUCGCAUCACACACAUGCAAAAGAGAAAGAAAAAGAGUGUAGAGAUCUAGAGAGAGAUGACUAUGACUCUUCCCUUGAAUUCGACGAAGACGACGCCAAUGAAGCAGAAUCCGGUGGUGGCGGUAUCUUCUUCGCCGUCUCUUUUCUUGGGUCCGAGUUUUCCUCGCCGUCUUCGAGUUUCAUGCGUUGCCACAAGCCCUAGAAAAACAAGUGAACAAACACACAAGAAGACGUUUCGACCCAUCAAAGAGGUACCAAACCAAAUAACCCACACAAUAACACAAGAGAAGCUUGAGAUCUUCAAAUCAAUGGAGAAUUGGGCACAAGAAAACUUACUGUCUUACCUCAAACCCGUCGAAACUUCAUGGCAACCACAAGACCUUUUGCCUCAGACCAAUGACGAAGACCAAUUCUACGAGCAAGUGAAAGAGCUAAGAGAUCGAACAAGAGAGAUUCCCGACGAUUACUUUGUAGUUCUUGUCGGAGAUAUGAUCACCGAAGAAGCAUUGCCAACUUAUCAAACGACUUUGAAUACACUCGACGGUGUCAAGGAUGAGACCGGCGGGAGUUUGACGCCGUGGGCGGUUUGGGUUAGAGCGUGGACGGCAGAGGAAAACCGACACGGUGAUUUGUUGAAUAAGUAUCUCUAUCUAUCUGGUCGUGUUGAUAUGCAACAUGUUGAAAGAACUAUUCAAUAUCUGAUCGGAUCUGGCAUGGACUCAAAAUUUGAAAACAACCCUUACAAUGGCUUCAUUUACACGUCUUUCCAAGAGAGAGCGACUUUCAUCUCCCACGCCAACACGGCGAAGCUAGCCACUACCUACGGCGACACCACUCUCGCCAAGAUCUGCGGCACAAUCGCAGCUGACGAGAAGCGGCACGAGACAGCUUACACACGGAUCGUCGAGAAGCUCUUCGAGAUCGAUCCUGAUGGGACCGUACAGGCUCUAGCGAGCAUGAUGAGGAAGCGAAUCACGAUGCCGGCUCAUCUGAUGCACGAUGGUCGCGACGACAAUCUGUUCGACCAUUACGGUGCGGUGGCGCAACGAAUAGGAGUUUAUACGGCGAUGGAUUACGCCGGGAUAUUGGAGUUUUUGCUGCGGCGGUGGAAGGUGGAGAGCUUAGGAGUGGGUUUGACCGGCGAAGGAAGGAGAGCACAGGAGUAUCUGUGUAGCUUGCCGCAGAGGAUCACGAGGUUAGAGGAAAGGGCUAACGAUAGAGUGAAACUUGGGUCGAGGCCUUCUGUUGCCUUCAGCUGGAUCUACGGGAGAGAAGUCGGAUUAUAAGAGACAGUUAGCUAGAGAGUGUUGUGUUAGUGAAGUUAUGUUAAGAGUGGCAUGUUUGUAAUAAAAUGUAACCAUAAUAAACGAACUUAAUGAAGAAAAAUGUUGAUAUUGACUGUUAAUAGAAUGUUGCAUUAGAGAAGAUAUGUCAUGGAAAUGUUUGAUGUUGUUCACCUCAGACAUAGUGGACAAAUAUAUAUAACAACUUAGCAA